UCGGCUUAUUUGUCGACUUUGUAAUAUAUAUUUGUCUGUAUUCGAACAAAAUGUUAUGUUUAUACGAAGCUACUGCAUUCAAUUGAAAUUAUUUAAAAAAUGGAACGGAAUUUUUUUCGAGAUACAUAAAAUAUAUCGAUUCCUGCAUGUAUUUUCUCGCUUUAUGAAUGUCAUGCCACCACUUGACUUGAACAAGCUCAAGAAAAGACCAUUAACAAAAGAAAUUUUGGAACAACCUAAGAAAAAAAUAGACAGAUUCGAUGGAUUGUCAGAAGAGGAAGUCCAAAAGUAUACAUUACAAGAUUAUCUGGAGAUGAAUCUGGAUUUAGUAUUUGUCGGAAUCAAUCCAAGUUUAAUGGCGGCACACCGUGGUAGAUACUAUGCAGGUCCUGGUAAUCACUUUUAUAAGCUCCUGCACGAAUCUGGCCUAACACCAAGAUUUGUCAGCUUUGAAGAAGACUAUAAACUCUUGCAAUAUAGUAUUGGUUUGACAAAUAUCGUUGAACGUCCCACUAGAUCUGCUGCAGAUCUUAAACGAACAGAACUCAAAGAGGGUUCUAAAGUAGUAGAAGAAAAGUUGAAAUUAUAUAAACCCAAAAUUGCAGUGUUCAAUGGUAAAUGUAUCUAUGAAGUAUUUGCUCACAUCACUACUAAGUCCAAAUUUUAUUUUGGAUUACAACCAGAAUGCAUAGGUGAUACUGCAAUUUGGGUAACACCGUCAAGCAGUGCACGGUGUGCUAACUUCCCUCGAAUGGUGGACAAGUUGCAUUUUUAUACAGGAUUAAAGAAAUAUCUAGAUUUUUUGAAAGGCGAAAUUACCAAUGUUGAUUUAAAAGAAUUUUGUUUUGAGGGACGCAAGCAGAUUAUACCCAGUACUUCCAAAAUGUGGCGACGCAAAAAUGUCUCUACUUUUCUACAUGGAGGUAGGGUUGUUAACAAAAAUACUCUUUGUCUGGAUACAUCUGAGGAAGAUAUUGGUUCAAUUCGUACAGUAGAAUUUCUAGUAGAAAAAUCUAAUCAAAAGUAUUAUAAAGAUGAGAACACGUUUUUCAAUAAAGAAAUAUGCAGUACAAAAAUUGAGAGUCAAGAAACAUUUGAUGAAACUGUAAAGAAAUCUGAGACAAGUAUAAAAGAAACAGAAAAUCUUAUAAGUGAUGUUAAUGAUGAAAUAGUUGUCAACCAAUCAGAAAUUAAACAAAUAUCUGAAAUUAAUGGAAAAGGAAAAAAAGAUUGCAUUGUUAUAACUAAUAAUAUUUUAAAUCACGAAAGUAAUAUAACUAAUUCAGAAAAUAAUGAAAAAUAUGCAUCUUCAAGAAUUACUUGCAAAACUUUAGGAACUGAAAAUAAUUUGAAAAAUUGCAAUGGAAAUGAUACAGAUUUUCUAAGUUUAAUCAAACAAAGAUUAUCUCAGAAAAGUAGUAACGAUGAUAUUAUAUCCUCUACAAGAUCAAAAUCUAAUUCCAAAAAGAAAUAA